AUGAUACUACUACCGCUUCUCCCAACUUUUAUUUUGUUACCUUUGGCUUCUACAGUAGUUAUUCCCAGCCCUCUGAAAUCUUCAUAUCAGUCAAUUGCUGGUCAACGUGCGAUCAAUCUUGAUGUCAAUGUUCGUCUUCUAACCGUUUUAGCUCUUCAGCAAAGUGGAUGGCAAUUGUACGAAGAUCACUGGUACAAACUGUUUGAGACUGAUCUCAUGUGGAUCCCUGCUGAGAACGUGUGCAGAUCAAUGGGCGGUCAUUUGGUCAGUAUCAAGGACGAAUCGGAGAACUUAUUUGUUCACAAGUUGCGGAAAAAGAGCAAUGUCUGGAUCGGGUUGAACAAGCUAAAUGACACUUUCCAAGUUUACAAAUGGUCUGACGGAACAGAGGCUGACUACUUGAAUUGGGACUCGUCGCAACCGAAUGAGCCAGAAGUUGAUUGUGCUUACAUGGCUUUUCAUCAAGAGCAAAGAGGAACUUGGUUCGAUUAUGGUUGCAGAGAAAUGCUCCCACAAUUCUUUGUCUGUGAAUUGCCAAUGCCUUGA